AUGGCGACGUCAACCGCUGACGCCAUCGGCAGGAUCCGGAUCGAUCCUCUCACCGGGGUAGAGGAUUGGCCCUCUUGGAGAGUCCAGAUGGAGGAUCUGCUGUACGGGUUAGGGUUAUGGGACUACGUCAUCGAAGAAGGCAAGCCGACGGCAAAGGACACCAAGGCACCGACCACAGAAGAAAAGAAGGCUCUAGAAGACUGGAUGAAGAAGGACAGGACCGCGUUGAUCGCGAUUCGGAUGCGAGUAAGCAAAUCUCUUGUUCACACGCUGACAAGAUGUGUUUCUAGCGCGGACGCGUGGAACCGCCUCGUCAAGAACUACGAGCCCAAGGGAAUCUUGCACGUCGUGCAGAUUCACCGUAAGCUUUUGCAAGCUCGCUAUUCGGACUCGGAAAACGUCGAAGAAUUUCUACAAGAAAUGGUGCGCCUGCGCGAGACGCUGGCGACCAUGGGACACGCCCUGAUGGAAGAAGAGUUCGCGAUCACACUUCUCACGGCGCUACCGGACAGCUGGGACCCAAUGGUCAGCUCGAUCAAUCACGCAACGGAUCUCAAGGAUGCCGAUGAGAUCAUUGCGCGGAUCAGGCAACAUGCAAGCCGCAUCAACGACUCGGAGCCCAAGAAGGACGGGCCGAAGGCGCUGGCUGCCGAAGAAGAUGGCAGCGACAGCGACUCCGAUGAGUACGCGUACGCGCUGAUUGAACAGGUCGACAGCGAUUUGGACGAGGACUCCGAAGAGCUUGCACUGGCGGCGCGGGUAGCUCGGGAUGCUUGGGUAAGCGAUUCCGCUACUACGGUGCACGUAGCACGCGCGCGCGCCGAUUUCUUCAGGUACACGCCGACGCCCGGCGACAGUUUGAAAGGCGCAGGCGUCACGCCCAUCCUCGGGCGCGGAGAUGUCAAGAUCGAAUACGAGUACGACAGGCGCAAGACAAUUGUCGAGCUGCGGAACGUAGUGCACGCCCCCGGAAUCCCUCACAACCUCAUCGCCUUGGGGCGCGUUGAGGCAGGCGGACACUCGGUCACCUUACAAGACGGCAAGAUAGUCUUCAAGAACUCGAAGGGACGAGCUUACGCGGAAGGCACACAGGUGGACAACCUGUACGUGAUGCGCGCCACCACCGUACACGACAAGACACCGGAUCUCGCGUGUGCGGCAGCGGUUACACGACCCCGCCGGAAGCGGACGUAUGACGAGUGGCACCGCACCCUCAGUCAUAUCAGUAUGAAGGCUGUCAUCGCCAUGAAGACAAAGCGCCUUGUGGAAGGCAUGGAGGUGGACGAACGCGUCCCUCCGGCGGAGCAGUGCGAGGCCUGCGUCCGCGCCAAGCAGACCGUCGCGCCAUACCCGAAGAAGUCGGCCACGGUCGUGGCCGCGAUCGGUGACCUGACAGUCAUGGACCUGUGGGGGAAGGCCCCUACGAUAGGGAUCCGCGGUGAGAAGUUCUUCUCGACUUUUCACUGA